ACCAGUAGCAGCUGUUCGUGGCGAGUGAUGGCGAAGUGGAGCUGUUGUGCGUUUUGUGAAUGCGAACGGGUAUGAGCGAUCAGCGAGCGACGAUGCAUCGGUGUGGCUUCUAAGAAACAGGGGGGAUUGUCAUUUAGAUUAUCGUCGUUGUCGUUGCUUCCCCGGUUGAGCGAUCGUGUCUCUGAUCGUCAGCUCCACGAUGGCUCUCAGCCAGACAAGCGUAGUGAGUAGAUGAACGAACGAACAUAAAUCUGAAAUUAUACAAUACUGUGAUAGAGGAUGUAAUAGCAGGAGUACGGGAAUCGUUUAUAGAUGAAGGGGUGGAUGAACAGGUUCUCCAAGAACUUAAACAAAUAUGGGAAACAAAACUGAUGGCCAGCAAGGCUGUAGAAUUAAAUCCAGAUCCACCAGAACCACAAGUUCCUCAAAUCAACACGCACAAAGCUGUGUCUGUCAAUAAAGCUAAUGUAGGAAAUCAUUUUGUACAACCAUCUGCUGGAAAUACAGUGCCGCAAACACAACCUCAACAAUCGCAACAACAGACGCAGCAAGCGCAAUCGCAGCAGCAACAACCGGCACAAUCGCAGCAACACACGCAUCCUACUGGAACAUCGUUACAACAGCAACAACCCCAACAGCAUUCGACAACGCCAGUGCAACAAGUGGUAACUGCACCUGCUGCUGUACUUGACCGACAAGUGCCCAUACAGAUCACCCUACCUCCACAAGCUGGCAUUCCAGAUGGACCACAACGGAUUUUAAGCAUACAAGUUCCUGCAUCUGCUCUUCAAGGAAACCAGUUACAUACGAUUUUAACAGGUCCUGUAAUUUCCGCGGCUAUGGGUCUUCCAGCAAAUUUAGCUUCGACUUUGUUGCAACAACAUGUGAACUCUACGCUGCAAGGGCAAGCAACAUUAGCUCCUUUGCAAGUAAAUCAGCCACUUCAAGUGGUCACCCAAAGUACAAAUAGUGUCGUAACACAGAGGCCACCUCAAAAUCAACAACAAAAUAAUAUAAAUCAGUUAGAUGGAGGAGUGGGCGAUUCUACUGACGACGAUGAUGAAGAGGAAGAAGAUGAUAACGAUGAUGAUGAUGAAGAUCUUGAUGAAAAAGAGGAGGAAGAAAAUGAUGAAGCAGCAGCUCGUGAAGAGGAACCCUUAAAUUCCGAAGAUGACGUUACAGAUGAUGAUCCUGCUGAUCUCUUUGAUACAGACAAUGUAGUAGUCUGUCAGUAUGAUAAGAUUACAAGGAGUCGAAAUAAAUGGAAGUUUUAUCUCAAGGAUGGCAUAAUGAAUUUAAGUGGGAAAGACUAUGUAUUUCAAAAGGCAAAUGGGGAUGCUGAAUGGUAAUUCUAAGUGUGAUGUGAAUAUUGUGUUGCCUACAGGAAGCUCAGGGAUGUAAAGGCAACUUGAUGUGUUCACGUGAAGUGUUUCAUCUUAAUAAAAGAUGAUUCUUGUAUGGAUUGUGCAAAGCUGCUGCAACUGGAAUGGCAAUACAGGGGAACAAUGGCAAAAAUUAUUACAUUAUCAAAAAUAUGACAUUAUUUAAUAGCUUCAAUAUUGCUACUCUAAUUUCACACAUUGACUUAAACUAAAUUUAUCACAGAAAA